ACGACGACGACGAGACGAAGUCAGCCUAUUUAUCUCCGCAUGGAGCACGCGCUUCGCUACUGUCAGAGCUCAUUCGAAUAAAAAAAAAAAAAAAAAGUUAAGGCGUGUCUUUCACGCGCUUUAAAAUUAUUCCCCUCACUUUCAAAAUUUGUUAUAUUUCAACCAUUUUCUUGAGCCUAGAUGAGCGAAUUGAGUAAAGUGGUUCACCCUUUCUUUCAGCCUCGGCAAAAGCAACCAAGCCCUUAUGUAUCUUCAUCGACAACAAACAUCAAUAAGCCUCUGAGUUCGGCAACUGUAACAGCGUCCGUUGAGAAUGGCGCAACUGUUCCAUCACUGUCAUCUGCCACAGAAGGAACGCAGAAAAAGCAAGACAACUCAAAACAGAGUUUAUUAAACAGCCUUAAACCAUCUACCCCAUCGUUACAGGAAGCAGAGCUCGUUGAUUCAAGUAAUAAUCCGUAUGUAGCAAAAACUAAAGUUCCGACAACCCGUGGAAGACCGAGAAAGGUGGCUACCGCCGGAGGAAGACAAACAACAGCAACAGCAGCAGCUAUAGAAGACCAAAAAAGAGAAGAAAGAGAAAAUGAGAAAGGGCAAGGGGAGCACUCUCGACCCAAAAAGAGAACGAAGCGAACGACACAUAAAGCAGGGGCAAAUAUCAACACUGAUUCACGCGCUGUAGAGGAUACAAACACGAAAGAACUUCAGAAGACAACGGAAGUUGCAAACACUGUGCAAACUGCAAGUAAGGCUACUUCUAAUCCAGUAGGAAGACCAAGAAAGAAGUUGGCAGAAGUACCAUCUAGAAAAUCAGCUAGAAUAGCAGCACGACAGUUUUCAAAACCAACAUUCCCUUCACGACGAGUGCAACAAAAACCAGGGGCUUCGACAUCCUCUCACACAAGAAGAAAACCUCCACCUCCACCUCCAGCUUUAGAAUACUGUACAGAUUCUUUUGCAACCUUGAUGGAAGGGCCUCAGUUUUACCAUGACCCCGAAGAAGUAUAUCACGAAUUUGAAAAAGAAAUCUUGUUAAAUGUAUACGGUAUCGAUAGCAGCAGCAGCACUAAAAAGUCAAAACAUCGCAAAAAUAAGAAGAAUGAUCAUGAAUUCUCAAGGCUGAAUCCUGAUGUAUUUGAUACAGGGCACAUUGUAGCUGCAGACAAAUCAAUCCAAUAUCCAACAAAAACUCCAGAUCAAGGAAUUAUAAUGCCAGCCUUUCGUUCAAAGAGCAAAGGUAACAAUAUAAGCGACAUCAUAAAAAAUGGACAGACAGCUUUCUUCCAAUCUCAAAAACUUAAACGAGGACUGCAAAAUAAACAGAAAUUGACGGGCAAUAAUAGCCAUUCUUUUCAUUCGAAACAUAAAUUAAUAACAAAGACAGACGUGGAGGCUUUUCUUAAUGCUUAUUUUCCUCACUGGCAUACAUUUUCUUCCUGUGUCCUUCUACUUCAAUCCAUAUUUGACACGAAAAAUCGACCAAAGAACGACUAUUUCGUUCGAGAGAAUAUGAAGAAACAGUGGACAGAUAAAUAUCGACCCAAAACGGCUGAAGGUUUACUUGGCGCCCGGCAUAAUUUUAUGUAUUUGAAAGACUGGCUGCAGCAAAUGAAAAUUGAACCUAUUACAGCUUCCUCAACAGCCAACGGGAAGAAGAAGACAAAGCGCGCUACGAAAAAAAAGAAAAAGUUAGCUAUGAUGGAAGACGAUAUCAUUAUGGACGAUGAGGACACCUUCCAUAGCAAUGGAUUACAACGUGCUCUCAACGCUUACGAUAAUGAUGACGACGAAGAUGAUGAUUUUGUGCUAAAGCCGGCUUCAGCUACUAAGAAAAAAUUGCAGUUGCAAAAGGACGCGAUGAAGUCUAAUAUAAUUUUGUUGAUCGGCGAUCAUGGUAUCGGCAAAACGGCUGCUGUAUAUACUGUUGCAGAUCAAUUAGACUACGAAGUAUUUGAAAUCAAUUCAGGUACCAGACGUUCAGGGAAGGAUAUCAUCUCCAUGGUAGGGGAUAUGACCAAAAAUCAUUUGGUUGCAUUUGGCAGCGCACCUCCUCUAUCAGCUGCUUCUUUAUUUGUUGACAAGCCCUCUACAUCUCGGUCAACCAUUACAGAUGACGGUAGAGAAGUAAAGAGCAAAAGAAAAAGAAAAAGGCUAAAUCCCUUGUUCAAACCAUCCGCAUCAAUUGAUCAAAACGACAAAAGCAAUAGUGGAGCCAUCUCAGACAUACCUAGCGGAAUCAAAGAAGCGAACGAUGAGCCUAUUACUGAAUUACCGCAACAGCAACCAGGACUCUUGAAACAUUUUCUGCGAAAGAAAGAUCCUCUUCAGAAAAAGUUGUCUUCUUCCACCUCCACUUCAAUGGCAGCCACAACCAAGCAAAGCUUGAUACUUUUGGAAGAGGUAGAUAUCCUAUUUGAAGAAGAUAAAGGUUUCUGGAACUCAGUCAUCGAAUUGUCACAAAGCAGUAAACGACCUAUUAUAAUGACUUGUAAUGAUCCUGAUCAAAUUCCUUUCGAAAAUCUUUGUCUGCAAAUCGUCCUUGAGUUGAAGCCACCCACAGAAACAGAAUUACUGCCUUAUUUAUGGUUACUAUGUUAUGCUGAAGGCCAUAUCGUUGAUCCUAAAGACUUACUUUGCUUCACAGCUUUUUUCGGUCAUGAUAUACGAAAGCUUAUACAAACUUUGAAUGUUGAACUAUCGGCGAAAAAGCAACAAUCAAUGUUCCUGAAUCAUCUUGGCAUUACAGCGGCUACUUCGCUUGAUAGUCGUAGUGAAAGCGAUCGCAUAGAAUGUUUAGUGGAUAUGAGAAAGAAAUGUAUACCAUCUAAACUCGCAGUCAACACAUUCCGCUUAGCAAUCGCUUAUGAUCAAUUAUUGGAACUUGACAAUACUGAGGGAAUGGUGAUCGCCAAUGAUGGAUACAAGGACGGAAAGGAAAAAGAGGAAAGACAACGAUUGGAAAAUUUUUUGCAGGCUUUGAAUAACAACGCUUUUGUAGACAGUUGGUUGACAUGGAAGCAUGGAGGGACUAUGGUACAAAGAUCUGAUAUUGAUCAAAUCAACGGCUAUACCACUUUAUACAAAGAAGAUGAAGCUAUUGAAGGCAAACCCGCAUGUAUUUUUGAGGAUCUGGAAUCCUGUAUAUCUGUUUUGAACAAUGAUAUCUACAGUAAAUCAUCGUCUUCUUUAGAAAAGUGGAGUAAAUUGACUUUUGAGGAAAACAGCUAUUGGGACGAACUCUGCGAUACUAGGUAAGCCAAAAAGAAACUUUUGGAUAAUAUCUAUCAGUUCAUGUGUGGCAAAGGGAAGAAAUAUAACAUUUGAGCUUUAGAAUAC